AAGUAAACAUAGAACUUAUCUUGUUGUUUAGUAAACAUAUAUAAAUAAUGAAAGAAGGGUUAGGAAUAAGUUUUCGUAAUUAUUGAUUGUUUAUUAUGUAUUUGCGCUUAUUAAACUAAGCUGUUGUAGUUUAUAGAUAAUGUUCAAUAAUUCUACUACCAUGCUACGAAAUGUGUUACUACAGGUUCCGUUUCAAUCCAGCAUUUUUGUGUAUUCGGAGUUUCGGACAGAUAAUCGAUUUAAUAUAUUGGUUCCAACGUUAAACCUCCAAAAUUCGGUCAUACAGAAGCCUAUUCAAGAUGGCUACAGAAGUCGCGGCCAUCUCUAACCUCAGACCGUUGGUACUCUGUGGUCCAUCCGGUUCCGGCAAAAGCACCCUCCUCCAGAGAGUCCUGAAGGAAUAUCCGAACAAAUUCAGUUUGAGCGUUAGUCACACAACACGUAAACCCAGACCGGGCGAGGUUGACGGCCAACACUACCAUUUCACAGACUUCGAAAGCAUGCGGAAGGCCAUAGAAGAGGGGAAAUUCAUAGAAUCCGCGCAGUUCAGUGGGAACCUGUACGGUACCAGCAAGGAGUCGGUAAAGAAGAUCGCUUUGGAGGGAAAAACGUGUAUUUUGGACGUGGAGGUGAACGGAGUGCGCCAGAUCAAGAAGACUGACCUCAACCCGUGGUACGUCUUCAUCAGAACUCCGUCGUUGGCCGUUUUGGAAGGGCGUCUUCGCGCGAGGAAAACGGAAACCGAGGAGAGUCUGAGGAAACGUCUGGACACGGCGCACGUCGAAAUGGAAUACGGUAUGCAACCGGGAAAUUUCGACAAGAUCAUCGUGAACGACGUUUUGGAUGAGGCGUACGAGGAGUUGAAGCAGUUCCUUUCUGUGAACGUACUCAAGAGUGAUUAGGAUUAGCGAGGAUGUUUUAUGUACCUUAUUUGAUGCUUCAUAGUGUUUUAUUGUACUUAUAUACUGCCUGUACUUGUUUCAUUCCAUGUUAUUUUUUACCAAAAAUGAAGUAUGUAUUUAGAAGCAUAAUACGGGUAUAUAGGGUAUAGGAAUACCAUGUUAUUGACCCGAGAUUCGAUUAAGAAUAAAAUUCUCGGAUGACUG